UUAUUGUCUUAGCUUUUAUGCUCACAAAAUCCAAAUUCAACUCGAAGAAGAUCAUUAAAUCGACAUAGUACAACUUCUGGACGUCGUCGUCGUGCAGUUUCUGAUUCAGUAUCACCAAUACCGACUGCACCACAUCGCACACGUAGUCCAUCGCCGACUGAAGAUGAUGAAGUACCAAAAGAACUUCAAUGUCCGAUAACCGGUGCACUUUUUCGUGAUCCUGUUGUUGCUAGUGAUGGUCAUACAUAUGAACGAGAAGCUAUUAUUCGUUGGCUUCAAAGAGAAAGAAUAAGUCCAAUUACACGUGAACCGAUGUCAAUUGAUAAACUGAAUCCAAAUCGGAUUGUGAAAAAAAUGGUUGAUGAUGUUCGUGCUGAGUGUCGACGAAAAAGAUUACUUUAUAAAUAUAAGUUGGAUGUUGAUAUAAAAAAAACUGAACAAAUACCUUUUAUAAAAACAACUACAAAAGCAUUUUAUCGAGCAGAAUGGCUGAAGGAAACUUCAUCAUCAAAUGACUCACAUAUUGUUCUUAUACAUUUAACUGGUGAAAAUGCAGAAAAAAUUGCAGAAAUUAAUUGUCGUAUGGGUGCACAUCCAAAUAUUGUUCGAGUUUUAGGUAGAGUUGAACAUAAGGAUACAGGUAUUCUUCUUGUACAAGAAAAUUUAUCUGAAAAAACACUUUCCCAAUUAAUGCAAAAUUCACAUCAGACAUUAUCAAUUAAUAUUAUUGAUAUAAUACUUUAUCAAAUUGCUUCGGCUCUUCAAUAUCUUAGUGAAGUUAAUAUUAUUCAUGGGAAUAUUACAUCUAAUAAUGUAUUUAUAUAUUACUUGGAUGAUGUACCAGAAAAUACUUUAAUUAAAUUAACAAAUAUUGGUGAUACAGAAUCGGAAGCAUCAUCUAAUGAAAUUCAUCCUGAAAAAUCUGAUAUAUAUGCAUUUGGUAAACUUGCUCGGGAGAUGUAUUUAUUACUGUCAGAAAAAAAUAAUCAAUAUUUAAAAGAACGAGAAAUUUUAUUUCAACGUUGUUUAUCACUUUAUCAAAAUGAACGACCAACAUUUAAUGAAUUGACAGAAGCUAUAAGUAAAUUUGUUCAUGAAGAUGAAUCUAUUUUAAAAUCUAAAUCACCUUCAUGA